UUUAUCUUGUUCUGAUAGCGAGAAGUAACCAAGCUCAUGAGACAAUGCGCUGACAUCUUCUGCGAAGAUCUCAAUCUCGCGCAGUCUACAUCGACACAUGCCAGAGAUUGCUCAUCUCGAAUCUCGCUUAAUCGUUCACUUCUCAAAGACGUAUAUAUGAGGCCAGGAGCGUCGGCCAUACCUGGCCCAGGACAGCAAGUGCUUCAUUGCUGUACACCUUCAGCCUCGCCCCGCACAACUUGUCCCUCAAGAUGCCCGCUCCGUCGCCUCCAGACCACUUCGUUCUCCCCGACCUUGUGUCGCACUGCCAUUCCGCUGACUCGCCAUCGAACGCCGAGGCCGUCGCAGCUGCGUCCGACAAGUGGCUCGACGGGGGCUGUCCCGAGCUGUCACCCAAGAAGCGGGCCGCGCUCUAUGGCCUGAAGUCGGGUAUCCUGACGUCCCACUGCUAUCCUGAUGCGGACGACGAACACCUGCGCGUCGUGGCUGACUUCCUCGUUUACCUCUUCCAUCUGGACAACAUCUCGGACAAGAUGGUCGUGUCGGGGACCGAACAGCUGGCAGACGUCGUGAUGAAUGCUCACUGGAUGCCGGAGAGGUACGCUCCGACUAACUUCCUCGGGAAGGAGCAACCCGCGGACGAAUACAGCGCGGGGAGGAUGGCUCGAGACUAUUGGUCGAGGUGCAUCGCAGACGCGAAGCCGGGCCCUCAGGCACGCUUCAAGCAGAACCUCGGUCUGUUCUUCGAGGCCGUCCAACUCCAGACCAUUGAUCGAGACAGCGGCCUCAUCCCCGAUGUCGAGUCGUACAUUGACAUUCGACGGGAUACCAGCGGUUGCAAGCCGUCCUUCGAUCUCAUCGAAUAUGCGAUGGGUCUCGACCUCCCGGAGUACGUUGUCGACCACCCAAUCAUCAAAGCUCUGAACCAGGCCGCCAACGACCUUGUGACAUGGAGUAACGAUAUCUUCUCGUACAACGUCGAACAGGCCAGAGGCGACACACACAACAUGAUUCCCAUCCUGAUGACGCACAAGAAGUUGACGCUUCAGGAGGCCGUGGACUACGUCGGCAAUCUGUGCAAGGAUACCAUAGACGGCUUCAUGGAGAACGAGAAACGCGUCCCUUCGUGGGGCCCGGAGGUCGACAGGGAGGUUGCCAUCUACGUCAAGGGUCUGAGGGACUGGAUCGUCGGGUCGUUGCACUGGAGCUUCAUGACGGAGCGCUACUUCGGCGGAUCCGGCGCCGAGGUGAAGAAGGGCCGCGUUGUGAAGCUCCUGCCCAAAAAGCAACACGGUCGUUGAAGCUCGCAAGAGUUUCGCGCUCAUACCUUAUAGAUUUUUAUGACUCGCGCGUGCUUGUUCGUUGUCUGUCAGACUGAACCCGUAUCUUGUUGUACCACCGCGUGGCCACGCAUUACCUUCUCUGCUCGUGCCCUCGCUCUACGUUAAGUUGUAUCCGUUGUACUUUCGAUGACUCGUAUUAUGCAAUCCGCGUUGACCAUAUC